AUGUACAAGCACUUUUUCUCGCACGUCGACAUUCCACCUCAAAAUAUCAACAUCCUGGAUGGCAACGCCCCAGAUCUGGCCGCCGAAUGUGCUUCCUUCGAAGCCCGCAUCGCCGGCUAUGGCGGCAUCGAGCUUUUCUUAGGCGGCGUCGGACCCGAUGGGCAUAUUGCCUUCAAUGAGCCGGGAUCCUCGUUGAGCAGUCGAACCCGGGUGAAGACGUUGGCGUACGAUACAAUCCUUGCAAACUCUCGAUUUUUCGGCAAUGAUGUUGACAAAGUUCCCCGGAUGGCUUUGACGGUUGGCAUUCAGACUAUAAUGGAGGCCAGGGAAGUGGUCAUAGUGGCAACGGGCGCUCACAAAGCUCUUGCGUUGGAGAAGGGCCUCGAGGGCGGUGUUAAUCACAUGUGGACACUGUCAGCACUGCAGUUGCAUCAACACCCACUAAUUGUGUGCGACCGCGAUGCUACCUUGGAGUUGAAGGUCAAGACAGUCCGUUAUUUCGAGUCAAUUGAGCAGGCUGGAACAGACGCUCGUACGCAAGGCCCGCCACUUGUCUACCGACCGAGGGCCUAUGUGCCUGCUCCAUUGGGGGCAAGCAAAUUGCAGCAGCAGCCCACCCCCGCGUCGACACCUCCCAAAGUUCCGAAGCAUCUGAGGAUCAACACGGAGUUCCAGAACUCUGUAGAGGAAGACGAACUGACACCAGACAGCAUGUCUUCUCGAAUGGUAGACUCUGCCAUUGGCGGGUUGGACUCAACGCUCAAAGCCGACAUGAUGUUCGACCGGAUGGGCGCGAGAGUCGUAUCCCACUGA